UAGUCUAGACACAGCCUCUCAGCUCCUACAUGACUGGUAGAGGACUCCCAUCCAUAUACUGAGCAGGCCCAACCCUGUUUUUUUCUUUUAGCAGCUGAUGGUGUGACAUCCCAUGAUUUUGUGGAUGUUUGUUUCAUUUUUAGGUUGUAUACUGAAACAUAGUGGUUCAAGGAAGAACAUGCAGUCUCUUAUCCCUGUCAGGCAUACAUUUGUCUCUAAUUGCUAUCGCAUGAGGCACUGGGAAGGGGAAGUGGUAGCCCUAUUUUUAAAGGGAAGACUGAACUGUAGCGCAAGACCUAUUGGGCAGGUCGAAGUGGACAUUGCCCAUGGAUGAGCUGGUGCAUGACUUGGCUUCGGCCUUGGAGCAGACCUCAGAACAAAACAAGCUGGAUGAGCUGUGGGAAGAGAUGGCCCUGAGCCCACGGCAGCAGAGGCGGCAGUUUCGAAAGAGGAGGGGUCGUAAGCGGCGCUCUGACUUCACGCAUCAGGCGGAGCAUGCCUGUUGCUACAGCGAGGCUUCAGAGUCAAGCCUGGAUGAAGCCAUGAAGGACUGUCGUGAGGUGUUGACUGCCAACUUCAGUGACUCAGAUGACAUGGCUGUGGCCAGACGCCACCCUGCUCUUAGUGCCACCUUAAAAAGCAAACAGCAUUCUUGGCAUGAAUCUGACUCUUUUACAGAGAAUGGGCCUUGCCGGCCCCUCAGGCGUCGCCGGAAGGUGAAACGUGUGACCUCAGAGGUAGCCGCUAGCCUCCAGCAGAAACUCAAGGUGUCAGAAUGGAACUAUGAGAGAGGUUGUAGGUUCAAGUCAGCCAAGAAGCAGCGUCUGUCACGCUGGAAGGAGAACGCCCCUUGGACUUCAUCCAGCCAUGGGCUGUGUGAGUCAGCAGAAAACAGGCCCUUCCUUGGUAAAGGGGGCAGAAAGGAGAGGAUAGAGUGUGAAGCAGAUGAACAAAAACAGGGUUCUGAUGAAAACAUGUCUGAAUGUGAAACCAGCAGUGUAUGCAGCAGCAGUGACACUGGCCUCUUCACCAAUGACGAAGGCCGCCAAGGGGAUGACGAACAGAGUGAUUGGUUCUAUGAGGGCGAAUGUGUCCCAGGAUUCACCGUCCCCAAUCUUCUGCCAAAGUGGGGAACUGAUCACCGGUCUGAGGUGGAACGAAUGGACUCCGGCCUGGAAAAACUUUCUGACUCUACGUUCCUCUUGCCCUCCCGGCCUGCUCAGAGGGGAUUUCAUGCCCGUCUGAACCGCCUUCCAGGAGCUACUGCCCGCUGUCUCAGAAAAGGACGUAGGAGGCUUGUUGGAAAGGAGACCAGCUUGAGCACUCUGGGCACUGAGAGGAUGGGUCACAUUGUUAGUGACCCACGUCAAAAAGAAAAGAACAAAGUGCUGGCUUCUGAUUUCCACCACAUUAUGGCCUGUGCACAUGAGUUCAAUCCGUUAUCUCCUUUGUACUCUCUGGAUGUUCUUGCUGAUGCCUCACACCGAAGAUGCUUACCAGCACACUGCACUGCCAGACAGACAAACGUACACCUGGGACCGCCAUGCUCAAGGGAUAUCAAGAGGAAACGAAAGCCAACAGCAGCUGCAGCCUCUCUUUCCAGCCCUGCUUCAGCAGCUUUACCUGUCCACAUGGAUGCAGCGGACUCAUCCCUGCCAGCAACACGGUCCCAGAAGUCCCAGAGCUCUGACUGGAUGGGCAGAACCCAGGCAGCAGAUAAAUCCACUGCUUCUGACCCAGCUAACUUCUUUAAAACACCACAAGAGAAGGGCUCUGGCUACAGCUAGAAGGUGUUUUGACUUGAAGCUGGUUGGGUUUAUGACAUGUUGGACUUCAAAGUGCAUCAGCACCAAAUGUCUAAUUUGGCAAUAACCAUCUCAUCAGUGUUGGUGCGUGAUGCUCACUGUCAUCUAGGCUGAGCUGUGUGCCCCACACAUCCCCAGAUCAUGUUUGUGAAUCUGUGUGAAAAGUAACUGGUGAUGUUGGGGCUGCAGCUUUUUUAAACCUUCCUGCUGUUGCUGUGAGUACUUACUACACACUCAUCUUCUCCCGGUGGCUGGGAUGUGUACAGAACUUCGUGGGUUUGCAGAUGUUGGUUGUUAUGAAGCUGGUCACAACUUGGACAUAUUGUUCGUUUCAAGGGACUAGGGAAUCUCCAUCCCUAGAGGUUUUUAAAUCCCAGCUUGAUGAAGCCCUGACUGAGAUGAUUUAGUUGGGGUUGGUCCUGCUUUGGGCAGGAGGUUGGACUCGAUGACCUCCUGAAGUCUCUUCCAACCCUAUGAUUCUAUGAAUAUAGCAGCAGAAAGCCCCAUUGCAGCUGUGCAUAGGCAACAAUCUGUCUUUGGCAAACAUAAGGAUAGAGACAAAGAUUAGCUAGGAUCCCUGUUCAAGAGGAGGAGGGGAACGGAGUGCAAACAAGGUUUGAAAUGUGGGACUUGAAUUCUGUAUUAGCAAAAUGCCUACAGGCCUCUCACUAAGGAACUUGGGAGUCAAGAUACUGCUUCUAAUGAAGCUGAUGUGGUGCUUGUCCUUUCAGGAAUUGCCAGUAUCUUGCUAUCAGCAUGGUCCUCCAGCGCUUUUUGUCCUUCCUUGUUCAGAGUGUCUUUAGUCUUGCCCUGUGAAUUGCAGUAUUCUUUCCUUAUUCCCCGUCCUCUCCAUUUGUCUAGUUAAUCAGACAAAGAUGAGCAAACUGGAGUUAUGAGCGGAAGCUUGGAUCAAGUUGCCCUAAAAUAUCCUCUGAGAAGUCUUCAUUGGGGAGAUUAUAGAGAGGAAAUAUUGGGCAUCCAGCUUCAGAGGUACUGUUAGUAAUCCCCUGGACGUUUGAAGUCCAUGUCCCUCAUGGAGCGUAUUAUCUGAAUGCAAAGCACUCUGUAUGGAUUGGACCACUUCCCUGUCUUGUGUUCUCCUUUUAUUCCUCAACAGUAAGUGGGUUCCCCUCUAUCUCUAGGGAUCUCCUCUAUCCCUGAUUGCACUCUGCUUUGUGGUAUACGUGGGAGGGCUGUCCCUGGAUUUCCAUUUGUACUCUUCUCUGGGAUAUAUAUAUCCCAAAUAUUUCUCUCUCUCUCUCUUUUUAUAGGAAGAGUUUGCCUUCUCCACCUUUCCUUGCAUUCCUUGAUGACACAUGCUCUGCAUAUAUAGGUGAGGGUUUCUUUUCUUCCCACAACUCUUUCCUUUUCUUCCUGAUUGUCCUUCACUUUGUAGUAUUGAUGAGAGAGGGUUUUUCCUGCUUUCUCUUUUCCAGUGUCCUUGGCUGUACUCUGCUUGUUUCUCUAUCUCUUGACAGACCUCUCUACAGCUUUCCUUUGGUUUGCAUAUUUAGAUGAUGUGAUUGGAUAGUGUGUACAAAAGGAGUGCUUGCUUGACAACCCUGUUGCCUUGUGAGUUCUGGAGUGUUUUGAAACAGGUAGCCCUUGUCAUUACAAAACCUUCUGGUUGGCUGAGUAGGUGGAGUUCCAGGCAGGACCAUCCAUUAAGAGCGAAAAUACAUUUUCAACACUAUAAAUCAAAUCAGUGCAGGAUAGAUUUGAGUAUGAGCCCAUCAGACAAUGUUUUAAUUGUUUUUAAAUUUUCUUGGCACUAAAAUUUUAAAAUUAAAUGGUCAGCCAUGAAGACCCAUAACAUAACACGAAAA